AAGGUAAUUAUACACAUAUAAAAGAAUGAAUCGAAAAUAUAGAAAAAAUCUUAGAUUAUUAUCAUUAUUAUAUUAAAGAAUAUUAAAUACGAGAUUUUAUUUUCGAGAAAAUAGAGAUUGAAAAUCCACUGAAUGCGUAUGCAUUCAUUAUGGCUAAUAAUAAAAUAUGAUUCACCGAGCGACGUAUAAUGUCAUCAUCGUGAUAGAUCAACGAAAAUUGAUUAUACUAAUAUAAAUAACAUCGGAAGAAAUCACAGACCAUUGUUUACGAACACUAUAGACAUUAUCUUUGUCUUUCAAUUAACCAUACUUGUAAUUAUUAUAUGUGUGUGUAUGUGUACAUCUUAAACAGUAAUUCCUUUAAGAACAUAUAAAUAAUUUUUAUUCAGAAACUUUCAUGAUAAAAAAUUAUUUUCAUUUAUGUUAUUAUAAAGGUACUCUUUUGAAAAUUACGAUUCGAUCAAUAACGAUUGCACCAUUCUCGUUGCAUUGUAGAAAGCAUGCGCAUUAUUUACAAAAGUAGAGGCUAUGAAAUUAUCGAUUUAUGUAUUUGUGUAUAUAAAGAUGUAUCUGUAUGUGUACAUUUUGUAAAAUAGUCAUAUUCAGAUAAAAGUGAAUGAAGAAAUAUAUGUAACUAUGUCUAUCCUUAACAAAAAACUCUUUGAAAGACUGUCUCAUCGUGGUGGUUCACAAGAGGAAUCAAGAAGAAGUAAUAUAGACUCAACACCAUCUAUUAUUGUCAAUUAUGAGAACAAUGAAGAAGAUAUAUGGAUGGACGAAAUAGAUAAAAAAAGUAUCUCUUCUGAAGAAACAUCAGAAGCUAUAAUGUGUCAUAUUCGUCAACGGCCAAUGAAUCAACAACAAUUAUGGACUAAAGAAGAAAUCACUUUAGCACUAUCUAAUCUUCCAGCAGGAGAAGCAGCUUUUGCUACAAUACCUACAUUACAUGGCAACAUUUUAGAAAAAACAUUAGAGGAAUUACAGAAUUUGCAUCUUAGAGAACCACAAACAAUUUACAGAAAGACAUGUACUUUCACAAAUGGAUGUGUAAAGAAAACUAUUUUAGUAUCCGAAAAUAAUAUAGCAACAAGAGCAACACCUACAGAAUUGUUAGUAAAGUGGCCAGAGACAUGUCUUCUUGUUGCAUGUUGGCUUGGUCAUUUUGAAAUAGUAAAAGUGCUAUUAGAAAAGAAUGUAAACAUCUUUUGUAAAGAUGAAAAUGGAAGAACUCCGGUACAUUUAGCAGCUUGUGCUGCAAUUGUAAGGAUACUAGAAGAGUUAUUAUCAUAUGGAGCAGAUCCUUGUGAAUGGGAUUUUAAUAAAAAAUGUACACCUUUACAUUGUGCUGCUGCAGUUGGAAAUGUUGCUUGCAUAAAAUCUUUAAUAAAGGCAAAAGCAGAUGUAAAUGCUGGAUUUCCAGGGAAAACUCCCCUUCACUAUGCAGUAUUAAGUAAUGCAGUAGAUAGUGCUGAAGUUCUGCUACAGGCAGGCGCGCAUCCUAAUAAUCCACAAGUUUAUACUGAAACACCAUUGCAUGUAGCAGCUAGUCUUGGAUCUGUUCCUUGCAUGAAACUUUUAUUAAGUCAUGGUGCUGAUGUAAGAGUUCAGCUUGGCACUGCUAGAUCAACACCACUUCAUUUAGCAGCUGAAGAAGGUAGUGCAGAAUGUACAAAAUUGCUAGUGGAUGCUGGUGCUUCAUGUGAAGCUAAAAAUUUUAAAGGCCAAACAGCAAUGCAUUUAGCUGCAUUAGCUCAAUCUUUAGAAACUUUGGAAGUACUUAUUAAUGCUGGUGCAAAAGCAAAUGUCGAAGAUAUCGAUGGAAGAACACCGUUACACGCGGCAGUAGCAAAAUCAUUAAGAGCGAAUGAAUUAGUGAAGACCUUAAUACAGGCUGGAGCAUCAGUUAAUAAGCCUGAUAAAUUCGGUUAUACUCCAUUGCAUAUAGCAGCAUUAAAUGAAAAUUCAUCUACAGUAAUGAUGUUACUAUCAAAAGGUGCAGAUAUUACAGUCAGGACUAAAGGUGGUAUUUCAGCAUUAAGUUUUAUUAUUCGCAGAACACCAGAUAUCUUACCACGUUUUGUUACAAGAUUGGAUCAAGCUAUAUCUUUAUAUGAUCAUGAAUUAGGAGAUGUUGAUUGUGAAUUGAGAUUAGAUUUUAGACCCUUAGUACCAGGUGGAAAAGGAGAAACAGAUUUAAUGCUCUGCUUAAUAGAAGUUGGUCAAGGUCAUAUUUUAAAGCACCCAUUAUGUGAAAGUUUUCUUUACUUGAAAUGGUUAAGAAUACGUAAAUUUUUCCUAAUUAGUUUAGUUUUUCAUUCUAUUUUUGUUAUACUUUUUACAGGUUAUAUUGCUGUUACAUACCUAUGGAGUAUUGAUCAUCUUAGUAAAAUAUUAUUUUGGCCAAUAUUGAGUUAUACAUGUAUACUUAUCACUAAAGAAUUGUUUCAAAUUGCUCACGAUGUAUGUUCUUAUGUUAAACGUUGGGAAAACUGGUUACAAUGGUGUGUAAUUUUAACAUCAUGUUUAGUUUUGAUUAAUCCAAUUAAUAAUUGGCAACAUCAUAUUGCAGCUUUAGGAAUUUUAUUAAUCUGGAUAGAAUUAAUGAUAGUUGUGGGAAGAUUUCCAAUGUUUGGGCUUUACAUUCAAAUGUUUACUCAAGUGGCAAUAAAUUUUUUUAAAUUUCUUGGAGCUUAUAUCUGUCUUAUAAUAGGAUUCUCUUUGGGAUUUUGUGUUUUACAUAAAAAUUAUAAAUCUUUUGCAAAUCCAUUAGUAGGUCUACUAAAAACGAUUAUAAUGAUGUCUGGAGAAUUAGAAUUUGAAGAUGUAUAUUUUAAUGACAAUACUAAAGUUUUAUAUGCUGGUACAUCACAUUUGAUGCUUUUAAGUUUUGUUAUUUUAGUGACUGUAAUUUUAACAAAUCUAAUGGUUGGUCUUGCUGUAUCAGACAUACAAGAAUUAAGAAGAUGUGCUGGACUUGAUAGAUUAGUACGCAGAGCAGAACUUGUAUCAUAUUUAGAGGGAAUGUUAUUCUCUAAACUAUUAGAUUAUGCACCAAAAAAUAUAAUGAGAACAUGUAGACGUGGAGCUAUGCUUUUGCAUCCUCCAUAUCAUUGUGCAAUUCAGAUUCGUCCAAAUGAUCCAAGAGAAAAACGUUUACCUAGGGACUUAGUAAAAGCUAUAUAUCGUUUAGUAUGUGAGCGGAAAGUUCGAAAUACAACUGGUAGGAGUACAUUUAUGCAAAGUGUAAGUGUAUUAGAAUCUGAUUAUAUAAAAUUAAAUCGACUUCAUAGUACUAACUCAUCGAUUGAAUAUAAUCAACAGCAACUAAAUGAAUUAGUAACUGAAUUAAAAAGAUGUUCAUAUAACAUUACAACACAUUUAGAUAGUAUCAAAAAUAGAGUAGAAAAUAUUGCUAAAGAGUUAGAUGUGCCAAUAACUUGUUAAAUAAUAUAAUAAAAUUAUGAUAAAAUUUAUUUUUUAUAUCAAUUACUUUCAAUAAACUAACUACAAAAAUAAGAAACUAAAAAAAUGCAUUUAAAUAUAUCUAUCACUUACCAAUAAUUUUGUUUUAUAUUGUUUUCCAUUUUCUAGUUGUAUUUUAACAUUUUCUCCUAUUAUCUCUGGCAACAUUAAAUUUGUAACUUUUGCAUUAUAAA